AUGAUUCUCAACCUUCCUAAUGAUGUUCUCAUUCUUCUCCUUCGCCAACUUUCGGUCCCCGACUUGAAUGCUGUGUGCCAAACUUGCCAGUUCCUGCAUGCCCUCGUCGAAGAGUACGGAUGGAGUGGAUAUCUGCGGCUUAACCCGCGACCCUCCAAGAGUUUGGUUAAACACCGACAAAUGUGGUCUGCAAAGGCUGCCGCCAUCCAUGAUUUCCUAUCCGAUAAUUCGUGGUCGCGUGCCCAGUUCGUUGCCCGUCCUCUCUCAGACUCGUGGCCGGCAAAACAGCAGCCAGCAAUAGCCCUUGAUUCAGAGCGACUUGUUGUAGCAACGCACAAUACACUUUACACUUACUCUUUCCCUCAAGGAACCUCCCCGUCAAUCUCGUUGGAGGGUUCAUGCAAUCUGAGGAACCCAGAAGAUAACAACAACUAUGUUACGGCUCUAGAUAUGCUACCGAAUGGCUCAAUAUGCGUCGCCUUCUACGACGGCACUUGUGAAUAUAUCCGAAUACUCGCCAAUUCCACUAACUCCACGCUAAAUAUCGAACGAUCUCCCCUGCCUUCGCAUUUUCGCGACAACAAGGACUUUGUAGAGAGCCUUUCCACUUCAAGCAGCAGGAUCCUCUCUCUUUCCUCGAAAGGUCGGGUUGUGUUGACAGACACAACCGCGCUUUCGACAUCUCUCGAGUUGAAUGCCCGGAGCUGGACAUGUCACAUGUGUCUCGAAUCAUCGUCGCCCUUCGCUGCCUUUGGAAUGUCUUCUUCGAAACCCUUGGUCGUUCAUUCAAUUUCUGACACUGAACUGUCGCCUCAGCCUACAGCGAUUUUGUCACUGUCCGGCAGCAAAGCUCCCAUCAGCACGUUAAAUGCGGUCUACGCCAUUACUCGUGGACCCCCUUGCUCGUGGGGCGGAUCGCCUCAAAUCACUGUGGCGGGAUGGUACAACGGCAUAGUCUCCGUCCACGACCUCCGCUCCUCUUCAAGAGACAAUUCUUCCGGCCCUCCGCACCUUAAACCUGUCCUCACUCUCUCCAACUCAUGGUCAGAUGACCCAAUCUACUCCGUCGCCUGUGGAGGAGGUGGCGGCAACCAUGUUGCAGCUGGUGCAGCUCGUCACAGUCUGGUCUCAUUAUGGGAUGUUCGAAAUCCAAAUGGCGGCUUCAAUGUCCACGCGCCCCUCAACGAUCGCUCGCCAGUAUAUGCUCUCCUCAUGGAAAGCUCGAGACUUUACGGCGCUACCGAAAGCAGACCUUUCGUUCUCGAUUUUGGUCCCGGUGUUACAGAGGCGUCGUAUCCUCGGCUGUCAACUCAACCCCUUCGAAAUCACUCAUCCAUUGGCUUUUAUGUCACGAGCUACCCGCAUCGCUGA